UUGAGGACGCAGCCCAUUCCGAGUGGCUGCUGAAGCUUUCCUGGAAAGUCUCUCACUGUACCGGGAACCCAGCUCGGCUCGACGGUUACAGAGCCGGGGACCAAUCAGAGCGCGCGCCGGAGCUCACGAGCGCAGUUUCUGUGAAAGGCGCUGCUCAGAGACACACGCACGCGCCUACACAAAAGCCGUUUCUCGGAAAGCCGUUUCCGGUUCUGUUCUUUCCCCAAAACACUGCGCGCGCUGCUUCAUCACACCGAGCGGACCGAGGCGCUGCUCGCCGCUGCGCCGGGGAGGAGGGCCACCUGCACUUUAUUUUUAUAAUUCAGCAUCUUUAAAGCGGUUUUUUUUUUUACUGUCAUCAAUUAUCGUAACAAUUCUGAAUUAAUUCGUGAUGUUCUUGUGUAUUCAAAGGAUUCUAGGCCCACCUUCAGUGAUGGUUACUGGAGAGAUGAAAGUUACAGACAAUCCAGAAGUAUCAGAAGAUUCUUGUAACCAGCUGGUCCCGGCUUCUCCUCAGCUGUGGGACUCGUUCGAUAAUCUGCGAUGCAUCCAUGCUACAUUUCAGCACCUGAAUACCUCAGGCUGGUACUGGGGAAACAUUUCAGCGAGCCAGGCUGGAGACGCUCUGGCAGGCACAGCAGAGGGCACGUUCCUUGUGCGUGACAGCAGCCACACACACUACUUCUUCACCCUUUCUGUGAAGACGAACAGAGGCCCCACCAACGUACGCAUCGAGUACAGUGGCAACCGCUUCCGCUUGGACUACAUUUCUAACACGUGUCCUCGGCUGCUGUCCUUCCCCACCGUAUCCGACUUGGUGCAGCACUAUGCUGGCACCAGCAGGAGAAAGGAGAGAUCUAAGCCAGAGGAAGACACCCUAGGAGUACCGAAGGACAAUAUGGUUCUGCUGAAGCUCAGGCAGCCUCUGUAUAAACCCAAAACCUUCCCCACGUUACAGCACUUGGUCCGUCUCACCAUAAACAGACACACAAAGUGCCCAGAACAGCUGCCGCUACCAUGUCUUCUGCUGCACUACUUACAGGACUAUCCCUUCAAAGUAUAACAUUGACAUCAUGCUUCGAGUGGGUUCAGAAGGCAAAAUGCACUGUAUAUAGUGUCUGUUCUCGUCAAACAGACCACUGGAUAAGCAUUGAAAUGUUGCAGCAGCUGUGUACAAUAGGACUUUGUGUGCUGCUAAAGAUCCUAAAGUAUGCUGUGAGACGUGUGUUGUGACAUUCAGGCCUGAGGCCAGGGAAUAAAAAAACUGAACUGAACAUAAUGAGUUCUGAGACCAGAAAGUAUUUAUUUAAUGCACAUAUUACAAAAUCGAGUCUGAAUAUUUAACGGCGAUAUAGUUUCUCAUACUUCAAACAUAUAUUGGGCUAUAUCACAAACCAAACCACACCACACCUAUCAGUUAUGAGAUCUAUUACAUGACUCACCAUGGCAAACACCUGAUGUAUUUAAUUCAAUGUCGAACACUUCUCUGGAUUUCCAAACACGUAUUGUGAAGGAAUUUAUGAAGUGUGUCGUGGCAUUCAGAGAGCAAAGUAUCGAGCAUGAUCUCAGAGACAAUGACAAUUAUAGAAAGUGAGUGACUUUCGAAUAGCAGGUCGGUAGGCCCUGACCUUGUUCUGUCUGCCUGUGAAUUGCAGUCGAGUUAUAACAAACUACUUCCUGCAUCCUGUUUACAAAUGAACGAAAUUUGUUCAACUGAAACUGAAUGUUCCUGUAAAUAUUAUUGUCUGUACACCUUUUCAGUUUUUAGUAAAAUAUUUCAGUGAAA